GCGGGCAGUGCUCGAGUUUCCAGAUAUUUAGCAAGGCACGCUACCAGUAACUGCUUCGCUCCCAACCGAUCUAUGGCGGCCCUUCUUUCUCUUUCCCCCGGCUCUGUUAUCAACCAACCGGCUACUUCUCACCAAUCAAGAAAAACAAUUGUUUGUCGCCGGAUCGCCCGAAUCCGAUGCGGUAAAGCAAGCCCAUCGACAGAUCCGUCAGCCAAGCAGGAGGAGACCGGGAACAAUGCGAUACUGAAGCUGGCUUGGUACGGGUCGGAGCUCCUGGGAGUCGCCGCCUCAUUGUUCCGUCCGCCGCGGGAAGUCGAAUCUCCGCUGAAGGGCGUCGAACUCGCGAGGGACGGUUCAGGAACCCUUGAUCACUCCGCUGUGGUCCAGGCCAUCAAACAAGACUUCCAGAGAUCGUAUUUCGUCACAGGGAACCUUACACUUGAGGCAUACGAAGAGAAUUGCGAGUUUGCGGACCCAGCUGGUUCAUUCAAAGGGCUUCGCCGUUUCAAAAGGAACUGCUCGAAUUUCGGGUUGCUUAUUCAGACGUCGAAUAUGAAGCUCACCAAUUGGGAAGACUUUGAGGAUAAGGGGAUUGGGCAUUGGAAAUUCAGCUGCAUAAUGUCAUUCCCAUGGCGGCCCAUUCUUUCUGCAACUGGGUUUACAGAGUACUAUUUUGAUCCCCAAACUGGACGAGUUUACAGGCAUGUGGAGAAUUGGAAUGUGCCCAAAAUGGCGCUUCUAAAGCAGCUGUUGAGGCCCAGCCGAGGUAGCAGCAAAACCAAGGCCCCAGAGUGAGAUGAGGCCAUAGUAGGUGAAAUUGGCGAAAAGAAUGAAAUUCAAAUGAAAGGAAUCGAAAAGGGAGAAAAAUGGUGAAAAGUGCAUGAAUCACGAUUUGGUGGUGAUUAUCAUGGGCAAUAGACCGUGAACAUUACAAGGAGGCCUUGAAGUUCGCAGAUUUCCAGGAGCUUUCAUUUGUCUCAUGGUUGUAAGGAUCAUGGUCUCAGACCGUGAAGUCAGCAUGGAAAUCGUAAAGUGGUUAAUGAAAUAGUGCCUUUUGCACUAAAAUUUUGAUUUUAUUGCAUACUUCACGGGCGUGAUGUGCAAUCGUGAAACGUGCACAAUCAAGCUAUAUAUGGAGGAGAUCAGAUUUUUGAAGAGGUGGAGAGUUUAGAGUAAGAUUGGGUUUCCUGUUCCUUAACCUAGAGAGAAACCUACGAACAAGGGAGAAUUGAAGGUUGAUUUGACCUACCCAAGUCAAGAGGAGGCAAGAUUUUAUCUCCAAUGAUCAAUCCAAGCAAUUCUUAAGGAUAAGGAUCAAGUUUCCAUGGGUUUUCCCUCUUUUCUAGUUGUUGUUCUUUCUCUAGAUAUGGAGUAGUUUCUCUUUUCACUUGAAUGAUGUGAUCUCUAGUCUAGGAUGUUGUAGAUUGAUGUUUUUGAACUCUAUGUGAUGGUGGGC